AUGUUUUCCAAGCGGCAGUCAAGCAGUUUGGCCGGACUGUGCAAUGGAGCGCAGCACUGCAAUUGCUUCACGAAGGAAUUCAAUCAGGUUUGGAACCCUCCAAAGGCCACUACAUCACGAUUGCCAAUGUCUGCAGAAAGUGCGGGCAAUGGCAAGGGGCAUUGUCGCUGCUCAGCGAGAUGUGCGAGUCGAAGAUGGAGCCGGAUCAUAGUCAGCAGCAAUAUUGGGAUCAGCGCGUGCGGGAAGGGCGGACAGUGGCGGCAAGCUUUAGCGUUGCUCAGCGAGAUGUGGGAGACGAAUCUGAAGCCCGACGUCAUCAGCUACAGUGCUGGGAUCAGUGCGUGCGAGAAGGGCAAGCAAUGGCAGCGGGCCCUGGCGCUGCUGAGCGAGAUGUGGGAGGCGAAAUUGGAGCCCGACGUCAUCAUCUAUAAUGCUGGCAUCAGCGUGUGCGCGAAGGCUGAGCAGUGGCAGCGGGCUAAUGCGCUGCUCAGCGAGAUGUGGCAUGCGAGACUGGAGCCCGACGUCAUGAGCUACAGCGCUGGCAUCAGCGCUUGCGAGAAGGGCGCGCAGUGGCAGCGGGCUUUGGGACUGCUCAGCGAGAUGUGUGAGGUGAAAUGGGAGCCCGACUGCUCGUCAGCUACAGCGCCGGGAUCAGCGCGUGCGAGAAGUGCGAGCAGUGGCAGCAGGCUCUGA